AAUAUAAAAAACCAAAACUUCAUUCGUAAAAUUUUCUCUACCUAAAAACUUGGAUUUUCACUUUUAUAACCAAAAAAAAAAAAUUAAUCAACUGAUCCUACUAAAUUUCAAAAUUCCCAACUUAAUUCGGCUCACUAUUCCUCUAAUCUAAACUACAAAUUUAAGGCAAGUUUCCAGCAUGCAAAGUUUAAAAUUAAUCGCUUUGACGCCUGCCGCAAAAAUUCUGACCGCUACGAAAGCAUCGCAAGUCGCCUGCCAACGUCUCACCUCCAACGUUUCACCAAGCAACGCUUUGGUCAACAGCGAUAUGGUUAAUCCCGGCGGUCGUCCGAACUGCCUACUACUUGAACCGCGCUGUGGCAUAGAGAAAAUGAGGAACGUCACUUGUAAACCGCGUGAAUUCCCACCAGAUUUCAAUUUCGAUGAAUGUUGUCCACCUUGUCGGGAUGUUUUACCGCGUUUCGAUGAUCUCUACUAUAAGCCCAGCGAUAAGGACACACGUAAAUACCAACAAACGUGGUCCGAAUGUCCGCGGCUUCUCAUAACACCCCGACUAAUAUGUUGUACUGAAGAAACUGAUGUACCGUUAUUGGAAAAGCGUGUAUUUAAACGCAGAGAUGAAGAUAUGUUUGAAUUGUAUGCCGCACGUUUAUGUAGAAAUACGAAAGAAGGACGUUGUGCUAAACUGUCAUGGCCCGGUUGUAGGAUGGGCAGAGUACCGCCCAAAUGUUUUGUGAUUAAGCCAAUGAGUGAUUGUAAGAAGAGAUGUACACCAUAUCCGAGUUAUUCGGAGUGUUUACGCGAUCCAGCGAGGCAAUUGCGACCUGUCGAAUGUAAUUGUCUCAAGGUUGGGCCAUUAUGUCUUAAUUGAUUCGUGUACAUACGAGUAGGUGUACAUCUCCAAUUUGAAGCCGAAACGAUUAAGUUUCGUCAAAGUUGUGUCUUAUUCAAUGGCAUGUGUGAAGAAUUAACAUUGAAAUUGCACUAUGUUGGCGAAUCUUAUUUGCUUUUGGUUUAAGCGUGAGAGUUGGUCAGUGUUAAAGUUCAUUGUAAGCGAAUGGCAAGGAUUGGUCAGAGCGUAAAUAAAGCAUUUUAAAACCGAUGAAAUAUUUAUAAAAAUCUAAAAGAAAAAAAAACAAGAAUAAACGUACAAAAAUAAA